AUGGGAACGCUGUCAUCAAGACCAUUCAGAUUCUACGAUGAAGCUGGCCACGACUUUCUAACGCAUCUGUCACCAUGUGGUUUCGUUCAUUCUCGUCUCCUCUUUGUCCAGGCACUGCUACUGUUGUCCAUCGCUCAGCAAAAGCGGCCAAUUCCAGAUACCUCCGAUUUCUGGCACUUCGCCCGAAUCAUUGCAACAUCGUCUGAUGGGGAGAGACAUGUGCAGCGAAACGGAUUAUUCCGUGCACCUGCCGCUCUGACCCUUCGUCUGCUGCUUUUGGUCAUUACUAUUGUACUUCAUGCUCACCUUUACUUCUUUUUGAACCUCGAAGCCUGA